CCGGGCGGCGGUGCUGGGGCGGCAGCGGCGGCCGCGCGGGGCGGUCCCUCGGGCGACGACAGGCAGCGGGCCAUGGGCGCCGUGUGGGCGGCCAGCGGCGGCCGGGGCCUGCGGCUGCCGCUGCUGCUAACGGCGCUGUGGGCGGCCGCCGUGGCGCUGGAGCUGGCCUACGUGCUGGCGCGCGGGCCGGGGCUGCCGACCGCGGGGCCCCUGGCGCGGGCGCUGCACCUGCUGCUGGCCGCCUUCCAGCUGCUCAACGUGCUGGGCAACGCGGCUCUCUUCCUGCUCCAGGACCCGGGCAUCGGCGGCGUGCUGCUGGCGGGCCGGGCGCUGGGCCGCGGCUGGGACUACUGCUACCACUGCCAGAGCCAGGUGCCCCCGCGUAGUGGGCACUGCCCGGCUUGCAGGGUCUGCGUUCUGCGACGGGACCACCACUGUCUGCUGCUGGGGCGCUGUGUGGGCUUCAGCAACUACCGGCCCUUCCUGUGCCUGCUGCUCCAUGGAGCGGGGCUCCUGCUGCACGUCACGGCGCUGCUGGGCCCGGCCCUGGGUGUCCUGCUGAGGGCCCACUCUCCGCUGCAUGCUGUGGUGCUGCUGUUGUUGCCGUGGCUCAUGCUGCUCACAGGUGGCGUGUCCCUGGCCCAGUUCGCCCUGGCCUUCAUUGCAGACACGUGUGUGGCCGGCACUUUGCUCUGUGGGGCGGGUCUACUCUUUCACGGGAUGCUGCUGCUGCGGGGCCAGACCACGCGAGAGUGGGCCCAUGGCCAGCGCCACUAUGACCUGGGCCCCUGGCGGAACAUGGAGGCUGCCUUGGGUUCCCGUUGGGCCCUUGUGUGGCUUUGGCCUUUCCUGGCCUCCCCGCUGCCUGGGGAUGGGAUCACUUUCCAAACCUCAGACUGAGGAGGAGCACUGAAGGGGAUCAUGGACAGAUGGAGCCGAGGGGGCUGAGGAGCAUCGAAGGCUGCAGCCAGGCACCCUGCCUGCUUGAUCUCUCCAGGUUUGGGAUCAAAUUCUCCAGCACCCCACCCCUCCCCCACCUAGCGGGUCCCUCCCAUCCUCUCCCUGCUUGGCCCUUAGGCCCUUGAAUUUGUCUUCAUUGGCACCUUCCCCCAACCCACCCCCAAAGCCAUGAUGAGGGUGGGGCUGUUGGGCCCAGCUGAGGGCCUGAUCCAUUUCCCACCACAAUAAAGUCUUGAUGUGA